GACUGGUCACCUUGUUUGAAAGUGGAGCAGACACGAACCACUCGCCCCGAGCUGCCUGCAGUGCCUUGAAGCUGUUUGUGGGUGGCCUGGACUGGAGCACGACACAAGAAACUCUCCGUAGCUACUUCUCCCAGUAUGGAGAAGUUGUAGACUGUGUAAUAAUGAAAGACAAAACAACAAAUCAAUCUCGAGGAUUUGGAUUUGUCAAAUUUAAAGAUCCCAACUGUGUGGGAACAGUGCUGGCCAGCAGACCUCACACGUUAGAUGGCCGAAAUAUUGAUCCAAAGCCAUGUACACCUCGGGGGAUGCAGCCAGAACGGACACGACCGAAGGAAGGAUGGCAGAAAGGAUCCAGGAGCGAUAACAAUAAAUCCAAUAAGAUUUUUGUUGGUGGGAUUCCUCACAACUGUGGCGAGACAGAGCUCAGGGAAUACUUCAAGAAGUUCGGAGUGGUCACUGAAGUUGUAAUGAUCUAUGACGCAGAGAAACAGAGGCCCCGAGGUUUUGGAUUUAUUACUUUCGAGGACGAACAAUCAGUGGACCAGGCUGUCAACAUGCAUUUUCACGACAUCAUGGGCAAAAAAGUGGAGGUGAAACGUGCUGAGCCUCGGGACAGCAAGAGCCAGACUCCGGGGCCGCCGGGGGCCAGCCAGUGGGGGAGCAGGAUCAUGCCAAGCGCUGCCAACGGCUGGGCAGGGCAGCCCCCUCCGACCUGGCAGCAGGGAUACGGCCCACAAGGGAUGUGGGUGCCAGCUGGCCAGGCAAUUGGUGGAUAUGGACCCCCCCCUCCGGGCAGAGGAGCUCCUCCCCCUCCUCCUCCAUUUACCUCAUACAUAGUCUCCACACCUCCCGGGGGAUUCCCACCUCCACAAGGAUUUCCACAGGGCUAUGGCACCCCUCCACCAUUUAGUUUUGGUUAUGGUGCUCCACCUCCUCCACCUGACCAGUUUGCCCCCCCUGGGGUCCCUCCUCCACCUGCCACUCCAGGGGCAGCACCACUCGCUUUUCCUCCACCACCACCACCAUCUCAGGCAACUCAGGACAUGAGCAAACCCCCGACUGCUCAGCCAGAAUUCCCUUACAGUCAGUUUGGGUAUGGACAAGACUUGAGCGGGUUUGGCCAAGGUUUCUCUGAUCCCAGCCAGCAGCCCCCUCCCUACGGAGGCCCCUCGGUGCAGCCCUCCAGCGGCCCCCCAGCCGGAGGCAGCGGCUUCGGCCGGGGCCAGAACCACAACGUGCAAGGAUUCCAUCCCUACCGGCGCUAGCCUGGGCUGCCAGUCAGGGAGUGCUGUCCACAGGGAGCUCUGGGACCAGCUGAACCCCGGGAUCCCAGACUUCUGAACUUGUGACAAUCACAUACUUGAUGGAAGAAAAACCUAACAACAAUUUUUUUUGGGGGGUGGGGGCAGAUGGCUUCUGAAGGCAGAGCUGUGGGUGUUUGGACUGCAGUUUUUAAAGAUUUUUUCCUUUCUCUAACCCAUCAGCACAAAUAAAGAAAAUGUCACUGGUUCAAACUACAGGGUUUUAAAAAUGUCUUCAGCUUUAAUUCAAAACUUCAGGUUUCUUUUUUUUGAAAUUAUUUUUCCUGAGCCUUUGUUUUACCGUAUAUUGUAAACUUUUAUGUUUAAAAGAAAAAAAAAAUAUAUACAUUUACAGAUUGUGAAAUUUUUAAGAGAAAUUUUCUACUAUGUAUGCUGGCUUAUUUUUUAAUUUAAAACAGGGUUUCCGUGAGCGCUGUCGGGGGGGGGAGGGCUGCAGCCCCUCCCUCCCUGCCCAGGGCAGCGCUGGGGCGGAGGGAUCCGAAACUCUGGGAGUUGACAGAAAUCUACUGAGUGUAUUUUGCUGUUGUUGUGGGGGGGCAGAGCUGGGCCAGGGCAGGGGCAGGACCCGCGGGCACGGAGGCCCUGGUGGGUCUGGGCCUCCCUCGGGUGCCGGGGGCUCCGCGGGGUGUAGAUUUCCCUCAGGCAAAAGGUUUCGGUGCGUUGGGCACUGGAGUGCUGAGCCCUGGUUUGAAUAAAGACAAGAACCUUUGGAUUAGAAACACCA